AUGGUAACAGCCAGCCCUGCAGCAAGAAUUUGGCCCAAGGAGCGGGAGAAGGACCGUCACUGCGGCGUUGGUUUGCAGCGUGGCAGUGACAGCUUUGCGGAGUGCCACAACCAUACGUGUUGGCGAAGGAGGCGCCCGACAGUAAACAAGCCAAACGCAGCCCUUGAUGUGGAGCCAGAAAUAAAACUGCUGGUGAAUGUGAACCACAGCUUUCAAGUAGCCAACUACUCCUCCAACACCCCUUACCAAGGCGAUUCUGUCAGAACUUUUACCUUCUGUGUCUUCAGCUAUGGAUUUCUGUUACUGCUCCUUCAUAUCCCGAGAGCUGUUAUUGCACUGGAGGAGAAGAUCAUCGUCAGUAAACUUGGAGACAAUGCUACACUGAGUUGCAUUUAUCGAGGAAGAGAAUUGCACUUAAAAAAUCUACGGGUAUACUGGCAAAUAGCUGAUGAUCAAGAAGAGUGUUCAGUUGUACAUGCACUGAUCUCUGGUCAAGACAACGAAAGUGAACAGUGUAUUCACUUUAAAAACAGGACUCGGUUAUUCUGGGAUAGAUUGAAAAAUGGCGAUUUUUCUCUGCUACUACUAAACGUCAGCCAGAGUGAUGAACAUACGUACAAAUGUGUAGUACUGCAGAAAACUGAAUAUAACAAAGUGAUUCACCAGGCAGAAGUGGUUCUCAGUUUAGCUGCUAGUUAUAGCCAACCAAUACUCAGUGGACCGAUAAAAAACAGUGACAGCACAGGAGAGGAGGUGACUUUCAGCUGCAAGUCUGGCAAUGGAUACCCAGAGCCCAAUGUUUAUUGGAUAAAUAAAACGGACAACAGCCACCUGCCUCCAUCACAGCUAAAGAUCACUCCCCAUGCCGAUGGCACUUACAGCGUUUUUAGCACGCUGAUGGUUAAAGCCACUUCUAACAUGCAGAUAGAGUGCUCCAUAGAAAAUAAAAUACUGCAGGAAAAUCUGUCAGCCAACUACACACAGCAGAAGCAAAGCAAUGGUUCUAGCACAGAAAACAAAAACCUGGAAAAAAAUGGACAAGGUGCUCAAGCAGCUGGCAUCAUUUCCAUUGUCAUUCUGAUAGGUCUUCUAGUUGGUUUAACCUGCUGGCUGUGGAGACGGAGGUCCUCUAAACUACUGUCCUACACAGAUGUCCAACCAAAUGAAGACAAAGGAGAACUCAACUCACCUGUCUAAAUGGAAAGUCUGCCAACAAUUUGGGCAGCUGGAGAUGUGUCAAGAGAAGCAUCACCCCCUAUCUCAGUGGCAGCAUUGCUUGUGACAGAUUUCUGCAGUGUGCCAAGACAGAUGGCAAAAAAGCUUCUUCAACAC